UUAAAAAAAAAAAAUAAAAUUUAAAGAAUAAAAAAAAUUAACAAAAGUAACCCACCAGCGAACCCCAAACCCCCACACCACCCUAGCCCAAACCCUCUGGCAUCCAUCCCCUCCCCAUGCCCUCCACCCUCCGAAAACCUCCCUCCCCACCUCCCACUACCGGAACUAACCCCCUUCCCCACCCUCAUCCAACGAAAACUGUCUGCUCUAGUUAAUCGCAGGGAGUAUGAGCGAAUUUGAUGGUGCAAUGGUGGAGCGAACAUUGGGGUUGUGAUGCUUCAAUAAUCACAAUUUUCUGGGUGAUCGAAUUUGGGUUGGCAUUGAUGUAAGAGUUGCAUGGGUGGCGCGACGGUGGUUGCGAUGUGUGAUUGGGGUGGUUGGGUUGCUGCUAUCCGCUAUGCGCUGUUGAUGUUGAGUGAGUACGAGCUGUGAGGGGGAGAGUGGCGAAUGGAGAGGUGAAGUUUUGUGGGUUGCUGCUCAGAAAGUGCGGUGGUUGUUGUGGUUGGGUGGGUUGUGCAUGAGGAGGGAGGUGGCGAACAAGGAGGUGAAGUGUUGUGGCCUUGAAUAUUUUUUUAGUUUUUAUAUUUUUUUAGUUUUUAUAUUUUUUUAUCCAUUCGUGUAGUGACACAUGUCAUUUAGUAAAUUAAAAAAAAAAAAGCCAAACGUAUAGGUUACCGGUCACAAGGGACCAGUAGAAAAGAAUGUCGUAUAAAGAUGGGAUUAUUAGAUAAUAAUCAAAAGAUGGGUUUAUUAAGAGCGAACCGGUCAAAGGUGGGAUUAUUAAAACCGAAUUUUCCUAAUAUAUUAUACUUUGUAUUAUAAUCUUCCUAUCCAAAUUAUGCAUAUUUCACCCUCAUAACAAUACAGAAUUUCUCUGUUGCAUAUUUUCUUUUUUAAAAAACCCAACUCAGAUCUUUCUUUUCAAUAGAAAGUAGAAACAAAGUAUAUAGUCUAUAAAUAAAAUUAUGUAUUUCAUCUUAUUAAUGAAAAAGGAAGGUGACCCAUGUGAGAAAAUCCCACUUGUAUUAUUUUCUCUUUUUGAUCCAGAAACUUAGGCCAGUUAGGAGAGAGAAAAUUUUCUUGUUUCUGAACUACUUUCAUUUACUAGCUAUUCCAGAAGAUGAGGCAUUUUUUCUAUUAUUCCUCUAACUUCUUUUCACAAUCCAAAAUUCAAUUUUCUGGGUUUGUUUUCUUUCAUAUUUGCCUUAAUUGAGAACACCCUUUAAAAAAUUUCGUGGGCGAGCACGAAAUAUAGAUUCUUGAUUCAUGCAGCCGACCCCAUCAUCUUAAAUUUUUUUUUGAUCAAUUUCACAAAUUUUGGGUAAUUUUGCUUUGUUCAUAGCAUAAUUUAAGUUCAUACAAAGUAUAUGUUUAGUCCAAAAUGAUUCUGAGAUUACCUGAUUUUAUUUCUCAGUUUUGAAGUGACUAUAUUUCUGACAAUUAUCUUAGUGCAAAAUUCUAGAAUUUUGUGCAAAUUGUUUGUUAAAAAUGGGAAAUUGGGGUUUUCUUCUCUUCAAAUUCCCACUAUUUUUGCUUAUUCUACUUGCAUUAAAUCAAUCUUGUAUUGGUAGUAUUCAAAGAAGUACCAAAAUAUUUCCAGGGUUUGAAGCAUCUCAAAUGGGUUUUAUUGAUAAUAAUGGGUUAUUUCUGUUAUCAAGGGACACUACUUUUGCAUUUGGGUUUAAACCAACUAAUGAUGUAACAUUGUUUUUGUUAGUCAUUGUUCACCAAGAGAGUUCCACAAUUGUGUGGACUGCUAAUAGAGUUUUCCCAGUUGGGAAUUCUGAUAGUUUUGUGUUUGAUAGUGAUGGUAGUGUGUCCCUCCAAAGUGGAGGAAAGGCGGUAUGGAAGCCGGAUACAGGGCGAAAACCGGUUUCUGUGAUUGAAUUGCAGGAUAGUGGGAACCUGGUCUUGUAUGGGAGUGAUAAUAGUACUAUAGUGUGGGAGAGUUUUAAAGAUCCUACUGAUACCCUUCUUUCGAAUCAGGAUUUUGUCGAAGGGAUGAAGCUUUCGAGUAAUCCUAAUAAGGGUAACUUGUCAUAUGUGCUUGAGAUUAAGUCUGGUGAUAUGAUUCUUUCUGCUGGGUAUGAAACAUCCCAGACUUAUUGGUCUAUGAAACAGGAUACUAGCAAGAUCAUUAAUAAGGAUGGUAGGGGGGUUAAGGUGGCGAGGAUUGAGUUGAAUUCAUGGAAGUUUUAUGAUGAUAGCAAGUCUUUGUUAUGGCAAUUGGUGAUCUCCCCUAAUUCCAUGGCUAGGAAUACUACUUGGAUUGCAGUGUUGGGGAGUGAUGGGUUUUUGGACUUCCUAAGCAUUGGAAAUAGUCCAUCAAAGGUGGUUUCUCAGGUGAAAAUACCGAGUGAUCUAUGUCAAACACCCGAGCCUUGUGAUGCAUAUAAUGCUUGUUCUAGUAACAGGUGCCAGUGUCCUUCAGGACUAGUCUCACGGUCCUGUACAACCGGCAUCUCUGAUCCAUGUGGUAACUCGAGUGCCAGUGUUCAUCUUGUUAAUCCCGGGGAUGGGCUUAGCUACUUUGCUCUUGGGCUUACUCAGCCAUCCAUGAAAACUGAUUUGGAUGGCUGCAAGGCCUCUUGUACUGGUAAUUGCUCGUGCCUUGGUUUGUUCUUUGAUAACAGCUCGCGCAGUUGCUAUCUGUUUGAUAGGAUUGGAAGCUUUACUUCUGAUCCUACAUCCAAAUACUCCGUCUUUGUGAAAGCUACAAUAGACGAAAGUGUUGAAGAAGGGGAUGGUGGAGGCAGUAGUAAGCACUUGCCUGUUGUGAUCACCAUUGUUAUCCUGACUGUACUGAUUGUAGUCAGUAUGGUUUAUGUAGGAUACAGGCAUUACACGAAAAAGAAGGAAGUGCCGGGAAGUCCUCAGGAACUCUCCGAAGAGGACAAUUUUCUUGAGUCGUUAGCAGGGAUGCCGGUCAGAUUUAGCUACCAGUCUCUGCAGGAUGCCACCAACAACUUCUCUGUGAAGCUUGGGCAAGGAGGAUUCGGUUCAGUUUACAGAGGAAAGCUUCCUGAUGGAACUCCACUAGCUGUGAAGAAACUUGAAGGGGUCGGUCAGGGGAAAAAGGAGUUUCGAGCUGAAGUUAGCAUCAUAGGCAGCAUUCACCACAAUCAUUUGGUCAGACUGAAGGGGUUUUGUACUGAAGGGAGCCACCGGCUUCUAGCUUACGAGUUCAUGGCAAACAAUUCCUUAGACAAAUGGAUUUUUAAGAGAAAUAAGGUUAAUGAUUGUUUGCUAGACUGGCCAACAAGGUUUAAUAUCGCGGUGGGAACUGCCAAAGGACUAGCAUAUCUUCAUGAGGACUGUGAGGUGAAGAUUGUCCAUUGUGACAUAAAGCCAGAGAAUGUUCUUCUUGAUGAACAUUUUGAGGCAAAAGUGUCAGAUUUCGGGUUAGCCAAGUUGAUGACAAGGGAGCAAAGUCAUGUUUUUACCACACUUCGAGGCACAAGGGGAUAUCUUGCACCCGAAUGGAUAACAAACUACGCUAUCUCAGAGAAGAGUGAUGUGUACAGCUACGGAAUGGUAUUGCUUGAGAUCAUUGGAGGCAGGAAAAGCUAUGAUCCUUCACUUCCCUCUGAGAAAUCUCAUUUUCCGGCCUAUGCAUUCAAGAUGGUGGAGGAAGGGAAGCUAAUGGAAAUCCUUGAUUCAGGUCUGCAAUACGGCCCUAAUGAAGAGAGUGUGAAGACCGCGAUUAAGGUUGCGUUAUGGUGCAUACAAGAAGACAUGUCAAUGAGACCCCCUAUGACUAAAGUUGUCCAAAUGCUUGAAGGCAUCUCUUCUGUUCCUAUGCCCCCAACGUCUUCCUUGACGGGUGCAAGGCUAUUUUCUAACUUCUUUAAGUUAUCUAGCAAUGAGGGUACCGCGACUGGGAGUUCAUCAGGGCCAUCGGAUUGCAACAGCGAAGCCUACCAGUCGGCUGUCCGGCUAUCAGGGCCAAGAUAGUUGGUGCCUAUACACUAUACAGGAAUAUAUUUCAUUUGUAUCAUCUUGUACAUACAAGUAUAAUUUAGUUAGAGGUCAUUGAAAGUUUUGUUACACAAUGUUAUAAUAUCUUCUUGUAUGAAACACUAUGUUUGUGACAUAGAUUAGGUAUGAAGAAUAGUUUGUUACAUAAAAUUUGUCAUUAUUGUCCAGAUUUGAUUUUCUUCCCAUGGGUGUCAAAUGUAUUAUCCCAAGAAACCAAACCUUGUACUUAAGAUUAUAGAGAAUUAUAAAAUUACUAAUUAAUGGAACAAAUGUCAACUUAA